AUGGCCAGCGGGGAUGCCAGUGAGAGCACUCCUCUUUUGGACAGCAGCUCUGUGAGCAGGCCUGUGUCAGUGUUCCAGGGCAGAAGACUGGCGUGUGCAACCAUUCUGCUUGCAGAAUCAUUGGAACGAGUGGCAUUCUAUGGCAUCACUUCCAACCUGGUCCUUUUCCUCAACAGUAGCCCGUUUUAUUGGGAGGGGACUGAGGCCAGCCAGGCACCCCUGAUGUUCAUGGGGGUUACAUACCUGAUCUCACCAUUUGGUGGCUGGCUGGCUGAUGCAUAUCUGGGCAAGUUCUGGACCAUUGCUGGCAGUUUGAUCCUAUACUUCCUUGGCAUGCUGUUUUUCCCAUUUAUUGCAUAUGAAGACUCCAGGAAAACCCUAUGUGGUGAUGAAAUGGCAUUUCCAGUGCAACCUGCAGAGUGUUUGAGCACAAACAGUACCUCUCCAAGCAAUGUGACCUGCCCCACACGGGCACCUUACUGUGGGCCAGUGAUCUACACCGGCCUUAUUCUCAUUGCCCUAGGUGUGGGAACAGUGAAGUCCAACAUCACUCCAUUUGGGGCAGACCAGGUACAGUAAAGCUUAUGAAUAAGCAAAGCAUUCAAUCUUAAUUAAAAGCUCUUCAGAAGGACUUCUAAGGUCAAAUGAAAACUCACUGAAUGCUCAAUGUAUUAUGCUUUACACUGUUGCUAAUGCUAUCCCAUCUAAUGAUGUGAGUAUAAGAUAAUAUAUAACAGACUAAUUUAUAAAGCCUGAAAGGUUCUGAACAUGAUCUUACUUUGGUCAGCCUUGUAUAUGGACUGAAAUGGUAAUCGUGAAAUAGGCUAAAUGUUGAUCUAGUACGCCUGUCAUCUCUACAUUUACCAUGAGAACUCAAUCAGCCAGGCCCCUGCUGGUUGUAGCGUUUGUAAUUUGCAUCACGAGGUUUACAUUUGGGUAAUGCCAUCCAUCGGGUCUGGUCAACACACCAGUCAUCUAAGGCUGAGAAGAUGGGUAAUUGUACAUCAAUUUAGGAAGUGAAACUCACAUCUGUCUCAUUAUGUUUCUUAUCUAAAUUCAGGAUUAGGCCUACCUAUAAGACCAUUCAUUAAAGAGGAAAGCCCAUUUCAGUAGGAAAUCUCUGAAAGGGGGUAAUUGUUAUUCAAAUCUAGCUAACCCAGGCUGGCCCAAAACGUUUUUAGAGGUGGUGACUUUGAUUAGCAUAGAUUUCAAUGCCACUGUCAUAUGAUUUUCACAUGUUUCUGCUUGCCACAUGUUUGAUGGGUGAUUGGUUUAGUUGUUUCAUUUUGAUUGGUGAAUGUUUUAAUGGGAUUCACAAAGUAAUAUUGGGGAAAAAAGGUAAAUGCCACUGAGCAGGAUUCGUAGAAAUCUUGUUCACCUGUAAAACAUGAUUAGAUUAGCCUAUUCAUUAGUUACUAGAAAUUCUUAUUGCCAGCGGGGUUACCUCCCCUUCCCCUUUUUUUGUCAAGCACGGAAUAGAAGGAAGAUGUUAGCACUUUAUCACGUGGAUGUUAUACACUUAUUCACUGCCAUUGAAUGAUGGGAUAUACAAUAACAUUUUUAAUAAAGUUAGACUACUGUUUAUUUUAUUAGAUUACAUGUUAGGCCUAUGUCUUGAAUUUGAUAUGAUACUACAGUUCUGUUUUGUUUCCUAAAGGUGCUCAUGGAGAGCAGAAUGAUGAUGAUGAUGAUAUUAUUUGACAUGACAAUCCCUUUUUCCUCACAGGUAAAAGAUUGCGGCCCAGAGGCCACUCGCAGGUUCUUCAACUGGUUCUAUUGGUGCAUCAACCUGGGGGCCAUCUUGUCCCUGGGUGGCGUGGCCUACAUCCAGCAGAACAUCAACUUCCAAUUGGGGUACAUAAUUCCAGCAGUGUGCCUGGGUGUCUCCUUCCUGGUGUUCCUGCUGGGGCGCACAGUCUUCAUCAACAAGCCUGCUGACGGUAGUGCCUUCACUGACAUGUUCAAGAUCCUGGGUUAUGCCUGCUGCAAAGCACAGCCCAAAGAGCCCAACCUGCUACGGUAAGAGUGCCAGGCAGAUCACAACUGUGUUGCUGUUACUUAAGCCCCGUUUCCACUGGCACAUACAAUUAGGGCCAAAUUCGAGGUGACUUGAAUGGAAUGCUCAAAUUCGAGCUGGGUCGAGGGAAAUCCGGGCCAGCGCAGCCCAGUUUCACAACUGGUGCGAUUAGAAUUCGGGCUGGUGACGCCGUUACUAUGCAGCCAUCAAGCUGAUCACUGCUGGAUGCUGUCAACAUUUAGCUAGCUAACUCAUCUGGGCUUGUUGCUGUUAAUCAAAUCAAAUCAAAUCAAAAUCAAAUCAAAUUUUAUUGGUCACAUGCGCCGAAUACAACAGGUGCAGACAUUACAGUGAAAUGCUUACUUACAGCCCUUAACCAACAGUGCAUUUAUUUUAAACAAAAAAGUAAGAAUAAAACAUCAACAAAAAAGUGUUGAGAAAAAAAGAGCAGAAGUAAAAUAAAGUGACAGUAGGGAGGCUAUAUAUACAGUAAAAUAAAGUGACAGUAGGGAGGCUAUAUAUACAGGGGGGUACCGUUGCAUAGUCAAUGUGCGGGGGCACCGGCUAGUUGAGGUAGUUGAGGUAAUAUGUACAUGUGGGUAGAGUUAAAGUGACUAUGCAUAAAUACUUAACAGAGUAGCAGCAGCGUAAAAAGGAUGGGGUGGGGGGGCAGUGCAAAUAGUCCGGGUAGCCAUGAUUAGCUGUUCAGGAGUCUUAUGGCUUGGGGGUAGAAGCUGUUGAGAAGUCUUUUGGACCUAGACUUGGCACUCCGGUACCCGCUUGCCGUGCGGUAGCAGAGAGAACAGUCUAUGACUAGGGUGGCUGGAGUCUUUGACAAUUUUGAGGGCCUUCCUCUGACACCGCCUGGUAUAGAGGUCCUGGAUUGCAGGGAGCUUUGCCCCAGUGAUGUACUGGGCCGUACGCACUACCCUCUGUAGUGCCUUGCGGUCAGAGGCCAAGCAGUUGCCAUACCAGGCGGUGAUGCAACCAGUCAGGAUGCUCUCGAUGGUGCAGCUGUAGAAUUUUUUGAGGAUCUGAGGACCCAUGCCAAAUCUUUUUAGUCUCCUGAGGGGGAAUAGGCUUUGUCGUGCCCUCUUCACGACUGUCUUGGUGUGUUUGGACCAUGAUAGUUCGUUGGUGAUGUGGACACCAAGGAACUUGAAGCUCUCAACCUGUUCCACUACAGCCCCGUCGAUGAGAAUGGGGGCGUGCUCAGUCCUCUUUUUUUUCCUGUAGUCCACAAUCAUCUCCUUUGUCUUGUUAGCGAGCACAUGGACAAGCAGUACUGCAGUAGUCACACAUGACGUGAAUUACCACCAUAGCUGGAUCCUUCAUUCAUUUUUUGCACUACACAAUAAACUUUUAUGAGAAAAGUCUGCCCUCAAAUGCUAGCUAACGUUAGGUAGUCUGUUAUGCUAGCAACGACGCUAACCGUUUAGCUAGCUAGCUAACGUCAGCAAGCUAAAUACAAGGCUCUACAGAGUCUGGCUGGCACUGGCAGGAGUAUGGGGUAAUGUUAUUUACUGUAUGGUGAGGGUGAAUUGAAUUCUUCAACAUCUCGCUAGCUAGCAACAUUAGCGAAGCCAGCUGCAGUCACAUAUUGGCUACAUAGCAACAUGAUAUAAUUUGUAAUUUCUGGAGGCAGUGGAAACGCAAUAAUCAGCCCACGAAGGCCAGCCCAACCUGGGUUGACUUCAAAGUGCCAAUGGAAAUGGGGCGUUAGUAGUAUCAGUAUCUAUAUGUAGGCUAGAUCAAGGGUGUGAAAGAGGCUGUGCUCUAUCUGAUCUCAUUGGAAACACAAUACUCUUGACUUUAUAGCGAACCUUUUCAAAUCUACUUUAGGAGUAAAAAAGAAGGCUAUGUUAUGGUGCUUCUCUAUUCAAGAUGGCACCACACCACUAGGUGUUGCUGAUAGUCCUUUAUGUUAAACUCUUCUUUGAUCCCCAGCCUGUUCUGUAUAUGUUUAUUUGUGGUCUUUCCUGGCAUUCAUCAUCAUUCAUUGUGGAGGAAAGUCAUUCUGAAGUGCUGUUGCUUGACUUUGAACCUAAGUAGCACAAUCAGUUCAAGAACUUGACAUUUAAUAUUUUAAGUUGGCCAAUCCUGCAGCCUUUCAAGAAUUCCUUAUUAAGGCUUUUUCUCCAGAGAUAGGGAUUAUAGGCUUUAGUAGAACAUUUUUGUCCUUUCACUAGAAGUGCCGUUAUUUAAAGGAGACGGAAACAAAAAAAGGCCUGAUUUUAAGUCUCUUAUCUCCAGAGUUUAGUUUAAUAGUAGCUGAGUUUAUGUUUAAGGGAUAUUUACUGAAUUGUACGGCCCCUAUCAAAACAUGCAGUAGCCGCUUUGUACGUCUUUUAAAGUUGUUCAAUUGUGUUAUUCUUCUCUCGUUAAGGGCUAAACCAACCAUGCUGGAAGGAGCUAAGGUGACUUAUGGAGGGAGAUUCCCUGAGGAGAAAGUGGAGGAAGUGAAAGCAGUGCUGAAAAUUCUCCCGGUGUUCUUUGCUCUUAUCCCAUACUGGACUGUAUACUUUCAGGUAGGAUAUAUUUAUUUACCUCUCCUCAUUAUCGUAACAAAACAACUUUAGUUUUCAUAGUAACAUCAGCAACAGUGUGGUUUUCUUCAGUAUUUUUGCAGGCAGAAUAGCAUUACAACUUAAGGAAUGGUGAUAGUUUGGGGACUUUGAACAUGUACAGUAGGCCUACAUAGCUAGUGUAAUUAUUUUAUUUUAAUUGUGUUAUAGAUGCAGACAACGUAUUUCCUCCAGAGCCUACAUCUAAGGAUUCCUGACAUCCGCACAGGCACCAACAGCAGCGCCGGGACCCACCAG